AUGGACUUUGAGCGGCUGUUGAAUCAUGCCAAGAAGAACACGGAGAAAACGAAUCGGGAGAUGGCGUUGACGAAAAAUGAGCUCUCCGAGAAGAAAGCCAGAGAUUUGCAGCGAAUACAAGAGGAAAUUGCCCGGAAGAAGCACGAGCAACGACGCAAACAACAAGAGGCCGAGAAAGCUCAACAAAGGAAGCUGGAAGAGGCGAAGAAGCAGUAUCAAAUCCCGAAAAUGAAGAAACCCCAGGAAUCUGCAGUGAGCAAGGAUCAAAUCUUGGCAUUCAAGGCUAAAAAGGAAGAGGAAAGAAUCAAGACCGAAAAGCUCCGUUUGAAAGAAAAGGAGAAAUUGGCGGAACUUCGACUAGAAGCAAAUGGAGGACGGGCCAACAAGAAGAUUGCGCGCCAUUUUGGAAUCGACGCAAUUAACAUGCAGAUUCGCUAUGGGAAAGAUCACGAACAUAUCGAGUUGUUGCAGAAAAGAAAAAGCAAAGAACAGGAGGAACAAGAUGUGCUUGCUGAAAGUCUUCGUGGCGGUGUAUUCAAGGCUUUACAACAAAGGAAAAAGGUGGAGGCAACUUCCACAAAAAAUCUGCCUACUGGAAACCGACCUGUUGGAACAAGCAAGGCAAACAGUUUGGCUGGAAUGUCGUCGCGUCAUUCUAAUAACAAAGACCGUUUUUCACCACCACGUAAUGGGAAGAAAGCUGAUUCCGAAAAGAAAGUGGAUAAGCCGAUUGUUAAACGUCCAGCUCCACCGCCGAUGGAUUUUAGUCAUUUGAUGGCGAUUGCUUCUGGAAAAGCGAAAGCUCCCGUCGAUGAGAAAGCGCCUUCUACGUCAAAAGCUCCAAUGCAAAGCACCAGUGUCCGAAUUACCUAUUUGCUUAGGAAAAGACCUGAGCCUCAUAUGGAAAAGUCGUCGGACAGAAAACCGACAGAACUUGUGCCGAUGAAGAAGCCAAAAAUGGACCAUGCUGAUCGGCGAGAAGAACCAAAGCCAAAAAUGAAGCAUGCUGAUCGACGAGAAGAACCAAAGCCAAAAACUCAGAGCCAGAACCAGAACGGGAGUUUCAAGAAGCCACAUCCAAAGGAACCUACAAAAGGCGGUCAUCAGAAUGGGACGAAACCUUCUGCGUCGGCUUCAUCUUCAAUGGCACCACCACCGCCAACCCCUCAACCGUCAAAUUUCUUUCCUAGCAAACGUUAUCUGCCUGGAGAUAUACGAUAUCAGCCAGAUCAAGAGCCACGCAAGGCCCCACAGCUCCCAACUUUCAAUAGGCUGCCUCAACAACCAAAAAUUGAAACCAAGCAUCAAAACUCGCAUCAACAUCCACAUCUAAAGAAGACAUCAGCAAUGCCAAUGGAAAAGAAACGCCCUAAAGUUCCAACAGAAUUCGUUGAUACUGCAGGGUUAUUUGGGGAACCGGAACGUGAACGUCGUCCUGCUCCCUCCAAACAGCGACCAGAGAUGCUUAGCCGAAAUGAUAGGCACAGACUUGAGAUGCGACGUCGUCAAGCUGAAAAAGAACGGGAACGACAAUAUCGUUCUGAGAGUAUGAGUUUGCUUGAAAAAGAACGCAUGCGCGAUCAUGAGCGGCGGCGAACUUCAAUGGGCUUUGGACGAGACGAGGUCGAUGAGUGGGAAGAUGAACUGGAUGAUGAGGAUGAUUAUGACUCGGAGAUGGACGAUUUCAUCGACGAUUCAGCGAUUGAUGACGAUCGAACGACGAGGAGGGAACUUGAAGAAACAAUGAGAAGUAUCAACAAGAACUACGAUAAGAACUUGUGGCGUAAACGGGAACAGAUGAUCGAUGAGCGAUCAAUGGAGACAAACUUCAAGCAGAUUGAUCAGGAGGAACGUCGUUCUCGUCGCAUGGGUCUGAUGGAGGAUGUUCUCGAGGCAAAAAAAGGCAGCAGCAUGGCUAUU